AUGCUGUCUGCAUUUGGAGCUCCCGCAACACAAACAGCCAUCAUACAGCAUGAAGGUGGAAGCCUUAAGAUUACCCCAGGUUUGCCCAUACCUGAGCUCGAGCCGCAUCAUAUACUGGUGCGUACCGCAUCCGUGGCACUGAAUCCCUGCGAUUUCAAGAUGCCCCUGCGAUUCCCUACCCCUGGACUCUGGGAUGGAUGUGACUUCGCUGGAACUGUCGUCGGCCUGGGUAGCAAAGCAGCCGCGGAGGGUCGAUUUAAUGUUGGUGACAGAGUUUUCGGCGCUGUUCAAGGAUCAAAUCAAUCCGACCCUACCUCGGGAUCUUAUUGUGAGUUUCUGAAAAUUGAUCAAGAUUUUGCCUUCCAUAUCCCGAAGGGGGUGUCUUUCAGCACUGCACCCGCAUUAUCUGGUACUGGCAUCGCCACACUCGGAGUUGCCUUAUUCUGGUCACUCCAGAUUCCUGGCAGUUUGGAAGCCCCAUCCAAGAUACCGAUGGAUGUUCUUGUAUAUGGGGGAAGCAGUACUAUUGGACUUCUCGCCAUUCAAAUGGUCAAACUCUGUGGCCAUCGAGUCAUAACAACGUGCUCCCCAAAGAAUUUCGAUUUGGUUAGGUCUUAUGGUUCCGACCUGAUUUUCGAUUACAACUCCGAUACUUGUGCGCAGGAUAUUAGAAGUGCCACAAAAAACACGCUUCGCUAUGCUCUUGAUCCAUUUGCUGAGGCAAAGACAAUUCGUUUAUGCCAGGAUGCCAUCGGCCGAACUGGAGGGAGAUACUGCGCGCUGGAGCAGUACCAGGAGCAUCUUUGCACUCGAAAGACUGUCAAGAAUGACCUUGUUAUGGGAGGUGCUAUCUCUGGAACUGGCGUACAGCUUCCAGAGCCGUACGGGAUUCCACCACGACCGGAAAUCGGCAUUUGGGCUCGGCAGUGGUAUAGGACAAUUCAACACCUAGUUGAAGCCGGCAAAAUUAGGCCUAGUCCAAUCAAGCUCCUUCCUGGCUGUUUUGAGGGAAUAGUCGAAGGGUUGGAGAUGCUGAAAGAGGGCGCUGUCUCAGGUCAGAAGUUGGUUGUAUUACUAGAGACCGCAGCUUGA